GCGUGUAUAGAUGAGAAUGCAGAGAUGGUCCAGUUUCUGGUGGAGAGUGGGACUGAUGUGAACAGGGGGGACAAUGAGGGAUGGACUCCCCUCCACGCUGCUGCCUCCUGUGGGUUCAUACAGAUCACCAAGUGGGUCCUCUGUCUAUUUAAUAUUACACUGUAACACUAUUACCACUGGUUCUUCGUCCUGGUCCUGGGGACGCUAAGGGAUGCACGUUUAGCCCCACGCACCUGAUUCAACUCCUCAUCAAAUCUUUGAUCGGUGGAAUCAGGUUUGUAGUGCUAGGGCAAAAACUCAAUGUGCACCCCUUGGGGUCCCCAGAACCAGGACGAAGAACCAGUGCACUAUACGAUACAUUUAUGUCGAUGUGAUGUUGUGUAAUAUCACUAUACGAUACAUUUAUAUCGAUGUGAUGUUGUGUAAUAUCACUAUACGAUACAUUUAUAUCGAUGUGAUGUUGUGUAAUAUCACUAUACGAUACAUUUAUAUCGAUGUGAUGUUGUGUGUAGGAACCAUUAUAUGUGUGUCUAUGUUGCAGGUACCUGAUAGAGCACGGUGCACGUGUGGGGGCGGUGAACAGUGAAGGAGAGCUUCCUCUGGAUGUGGUCACUGAGGAUGCUAUGGGGAGACUGCUGAAGGGGGAGAUCAAGAAACAAGGUAGGGUAUUGGUGUUAGGUAUGUACAGUUACACCUUGUUAACACAAAGACCCAUAUCAACAUAGUCAUUAACACGCUGAGGAUGCUAUAGGGAGAGAUCUAGAAGCAGGGUAACUAGGGAUUGUUAUGCUGUCUGGGUGUUCUAUAGAGCAGGUACGUGUGAGCGGGUGUGAACUAGAAGAGGGUAACUAG